UAAAGAGAGUGAGCGGCAAGCGCCUGGUCAAUGGAGAUUUUUCAAGUGGCCCUGUUAUUAGCGGUCUUGUUUCUGGCCAUUGCAGGCGCUGAUCCAGAGGCUAAUCUCUUGCAGGAUGGAUGCAGUGACGUCAAAAGCACCAACGUUACACUCUUUCAACAAAAUUUGAAUACCACUUUGAAAUCUCUGCUUCAAGCAGUUGCUUCAUCUGGUUUUGCUACAAAUGAGUCGGUCACUGGAACAGAUCCAGUUUAUGGCCUUGCCCAGUGCAGACAGGACAAGAACUCAUCUGAUUGUGUUGCUUGUAUCACCGUCGCAGAGAAGCAAAUUCGAAAUUGCUCCAAUGUUUCCGGGGGAAGAACAAUCUAUGACGGCUGUUUUCUGCGCUACGAGAGCAACAACUUUUAUACACAGAGUACUGCUGAUGGAAAUGAACAGAUUUGUGGUGACGAAACAAUUAGUAAUGGGAGCAAUUCAUUUUCUGCAACAGCUCAAAGUUUGAUAAGCGAUCUGUGCAUUGUGACUCCGAAGACGAGUGAUUUGUUUGCGGCGCAGUCUAGGAAAGAUGCGUCGAAUACGACCAUCUAUGGGCUUGCUUGGUGUUUGAAAUCUGUUGGUGAACAAGGAUGUAAGGAGUGCCUCACAGUAGCACAGACCAAUAUAGCCAAUUGUUUUCCUCGAUUGGAAGGACGUGCUGUGGACGUUGGCUGCUCCUUGCGUUAUGCAACAUACUCUUUCUUUUCAGACAACGCCACCACUGAUCUUGCACAAUUUUCGUCUACAGGGAGUAAAGUUAGCUCUACAGUAUGGAUAAUAAUCGUAGUUGUGGGAACCGUCAUAAUUAUCACUAUCUUAAUUUCUCUGAUUUUAUUUCGGCAGAGAUUGUUGACAUAUUUUAGACGGCCACCGGAGAGACAAGUGAAUACUGAAACCGCAACUGAACUCCGCGGACCCGUGGAUUUUGAUUACAAAGCACUUAGAAAAGCCACCAAUAACUUCUCUCCAGAAAACAAGAUUGGAGAAGGAGGGUUCGGCCAAGUAUAUAAGGGUACACUGAAAAACGGCAAAAUCGUUGCAGUAAAGAAGUUAACUUUAAACCAAUCUGCACGCGCGAUAGCAGAAUUCGAAAGCGAAGUAAAGUUGGUAUCGAAUGUUCAUCACAGGAAUCUGGUGCGCUUGUUGGGAUGCUGCAAACAAGGUCCAGAGAGAUUGCUUGUUUAUGAGUAUAUGUCAAACACUAGCCUUGACAGAAUAUUAUUUGGAGAAAGUGAAAAGAUACUGACCUGGCAAGAAAGAUUUAACAUCAUAUUGGGCACCGCCCGUGGUCUGGCAUAUCUGCACGAAGAUUUUCAUGUGUGCAUCAUCCAUCGGGACAUUAAAUCCAGCAAUAUAUUACUGGACGAAACCCUUCAGGCUAAAAUAGCAGACUUCGGACUAGCAAGACUUCUUCCCGGCAGUAGAAGUCAUCUUACGACAAGAACUGCAGGAACUCUAGGAUACACAGCUCCAGAAUACGCCAUCCAUGGGCAACUGACUGAGAAAGCUGACACCUACAGUUUUGGCGUGGUGGUUCUUGAGCUCAUUACCGGGCGAAAAAGCAUUGACCUGAAGCAGCCACCUGAAAUGGAAUAUCUGCUAGAAUGGGUGUGGAAGCAAUACGAAUCAGGGAAUAUUUUGAGUGUGGUGGAUAAGAGGAUGGAGAAAGAAGAAGUUUAUAAUGAAGAAGAGAUAUUGAAGGUGUUAAAGCUUGCACUGUUAUGCAUACAAGCUUCUGUUGUAGAUAGGCCAUCAAUGUCCCAAGUGGUAGCUAUGCUGGUGAGUGGAACAGACGUUGAUUACAGAAAACCUUUUCAACCUGCUUUUGUAGGUGUGGGGAAUCGAAUCCGCGGUGAACAUUCCAGUUCUGUCUCGGGUUCAUCCCAAUCGAAUGCAACCAUUACAGAAUCUCUCAAUGCUCGUUAGAAGUAGCAGCUAUAUAUUGUUCAGUGUUGGCAUCAUCAACAGUGGUUUUUUGUUGAAUUGAUAUGAAAGUCAGAAACUGGUGUAUUUUAACUUGGGCUAGGAAAUUUUGACAUUUUCUUUAUGAUUUUUUAAUUUACAUAUAUUUUGAGAAACACAAAAUUC